AUGGCGACGGGUUCAUUGAUCGUUCGUUCCCAAUCUACCGAAGACCCGUCCACUUCGGAGUCUUCUAUGGAUCUCAAGUCUUCAGAAUCUUCGAAUUCCUCCUCUGAUCGUCGUGCUUCCCUCUCUGCUGCCGACUGUUUGGCCCCUCGAAGGCAUUCUUUUAGAGAAGUUAGACGCGUUGCUUCAAGUUCGGAUGAAGACGAUGAGGAGGAAGAUGGAUGCCAGAAGAAAAGGAAAUUCUCCAUGGAUCAGCAUCGACCUAGAAGUCUGAGGAAAGAAAAUCGCUGUAGAAGUGAGCUCCCUUGCUUCGUGAGCAAACUCGCCGAUUUGAGUGGAGCCUUCAGUCCCUCGGCUAGAAUAGCCACGUCGAGUAAUAUGGCUUCCGAAUUUUUGGCUCCGAGUCCGGUGAAUAAAAAAGUAAGUGACGUUUCCGUUUGUUGGUUCCGUUUUUAGGCUUAGAUUAUGACUACUAGUCGCGACAUUAAGUCCGUAGAAUUUUCUGCACUGUGCAUAAACCCGAAAAACCAUUUUGCACUGUGCAUUCACCCGAAAACACAUUUUGCACUGUGCAAUUUUGUUGAUUUUGCCUUAUUGUCGCGCGCGAUUCCCGUUUUUCGCAGCGACAAAUCAACAUUUCGGAGCGCGACGGAAUUUGGGGGCCGCGAAAAAUUCUACGGACUUUAUGUCGCGACUAGUACAACUAGAAAUUUUCAGACCCAAAUAAGCCGACCAAACUCUCCAUUAACCAAUUCGAGUGUUCUCCAGCGUCCUUUAGCCGUGGCUUCUCGCCACCGAUUGGCUUCCAUCAGAAGAGAGUCAGAUUGUGGGCAAGAAAAUGAGGUUGCUCAUGAGAAGAUGGUAAAGACAACCCAGCAAGUAUCAACUGGAUUCGAAGACUUCUGUAUCGAUGAUAAGGUGGCAGAGGAAAGAAAGAGGGCCAAAAGUUUGGCUGAACCAAUUUCGGUGUUCACUAAUGCCUUCUUACCUCAGAGUUCGUCUCCGUCGCCUACUAGAAGCGCAGUGGAUGCUCAAAAGGUUAAGGUAAGCUUUAUUUUAUUUAUUUUUUAGUCUUUAAACAGUAUCUUUAUGCUAAUCGAGUAUUUUUAGCAAUGCUACUCCCCAUCCACUAAUCAAAUGGUCAGAAGUAAUAUUUCUUAUUCUCCAAGCCCGUCUCCAACUCCCGCCAGCCCCACCAGAUCUCGAAUCAUGAGAAGUAUGUCUCCAAUAGCAGUCCGACAAGUGUCUAAGAGAAGAUAUACUGCUACUGGCAGUUUGUCUGGGAUUGAAAGCGAUAAUGAAGGGCCAAUGAAGUAAGCCGAAUUCAUCGAAAGUUUUUAUCUAUAUACGUUUUUUGAUAUUUGAUAUUUUUUCUGAUUUUAGUGGCCAAGCUAUUGCCAAGAGAACAUGUAUGGUUAGAAGUGCCGCCUCGCCGUUGGUUAGAGACUCCUUGAGCGCAGUUGAUACUCAGUCUGACUACCGGUCGUCUUCUCCACAGUCUGUUUGCUCCAACUCCAGUUUUACUCCAGUGAACAGGGCGAGGUACCCGGAUAACGUUUCAAAUCAUCAGAAGUAAGUGCUUUCCGAUUUCGAGAUGAUAUUACAAUGUUUUUAAUGGUUUGAUUUUUAGUUUUAUUUUUAUGAUGGGUUAAUUGUGUUGCUUCAGCUCCGUUGAUUCGGAUGACAACGCGACCAUUGAUGAGUCGCUAACCGAUCAGUUUUACUUGAAUGCUCCUAAUGAUACUUGCUCUACGACCUCUAUCUCACGCACAGAGACCCCUGUCGACGAGCAGAUGCUGACGGAAGUAAGUGCCGACCUUGACCUUCACUUUUCUCACGUUUAAUAUCUGAAAAAGUGCCAACGGAAAGAAAGGUUGACUUGCAGGCCUGAAAAGGAUUGUUUUUCAUACUUUUGCACAAACAGAACUAUUAUAAGGACUAAUUAGUGUUUGCGAGAAUAGAGCAUGAAUACAAGAGCAUUAAAAUAAGUGGGUAGCGAAAGAGUAAUAAGAAAAUUAUCAGAGGUUUGCUUGUUUUUGGAAAAGUAACGUUUUUCUAAUGUUUGUCACACAACUUACUCUUUUUAGGAGACGGAGUCCAGUUCGGUGGUGUUCGGGCCUCGGGCACAACCCCUUUCCAUCCGCGACAGCCCUCUUCCCCCACCUUCUCCUUUGGCCUCCAAGUCGAUCACAUUCACUUAA